CUUUCUAUGAAUUUCUGUAAAACCUAAACAUUUUACAUACAAAACUUAUCCACAUAAAAAAAACUAUAACCAUGUCCAAACGACGCAUUUGCUGCAUAGUUUCCGCAAUCAUUUUUGUCCUCUUCGCCAUCUUCAUCGCCGCUUUGAUCCUUGCGCAAGUGUUCAAACCAAAACAUCCGAUUUUACAAACCGUCUCUUCAACUGUUGAUGACAUAUCUACAAAUAUAUCACUACCAUAUGAGGUCCAACUAAAUUUCACUCUUACACUUCAGAUGCUGCUCAAGAAUCCUAAUGUUGCGGAUUUUGAAUACAAGACAGUGGAAAAUUUGGUUUAUUACAGGGAUACACUAGUGGGAAAUCUCACUCUUCCUUCGAGCACAUUACCUGCCAAAGGUUCAGUGCUUUUGGCAUGUCCUCUUUUUCUUCAGCUCGAUAAAUUUGUCGCGAAUUUAGGUGAUAUCGUGCAAGAUGUAUUGCAUGGAAAAAUUGUGAUGGAGACAAAGGCAAGAAUGCCAGGAAAAAUCACGUUGUUGGGAAUCUUUAAGAUACAUUUGGAUUCAAUAUCGCAUUGCAACCUUGUACUUGGCUUUCCUUCGAUGGAAGUGGUGGAUCAAGUAUGUGAUCUCAGCACUAAGCUGUAAAUAGUUUAUGUUUUUCAGGUAAACAUAGGCUUAAGAGGGCAGAUUAAUUCUAGCUAGUUUCCUGUAAUAAUGAAGAUUGUAGUCUUCAUCAUUGUUCUUUUAUCAACUCCAUUUUUGUGAGUUCUUGAAAUUAAGUGUUUCCAUUUGAAUUUGAAAUAAUGAAUAUUAUUACGAUGA